AUGAGGUCGAAAUUCAAGGACGAACACCCGUUUGAGAAGCGCAAGCAAGAAGCUGAGCGCAUUCGACAGAAGUAUCCAGAUCGCAUUCCUGUUAUCUGCGAGAAGGCUGACCGCACGGAUAUCCCGACCAUCGACAAGAAGAAGUACCUGGUUCCGUCUGAUUUGACCGUUGGGCAGUUCGUAUAUGUCAUUAGGAAACGUAUCAAGCUCCCGCCCGAGAAGGCUAUCUUCAUCUUCGUCGAUGAGGUUUUACCUCCGACAGCUGCUCUCAUGAGCUCAAUAUAUGAGGAACACAAAGAUGAAGACAAUUUCCUUUACGUCAGCUACUCGGGGGAGAAUACGUUUGGGGCUGUAGACGGGGUUGAGAUGUGA